UCGCGGAAAUGGGUGAGUGGUGAAACGUCAGCAGCGACCACACUUGGAGAACUUUACCUUAACUUUACUUUACGAACAUCAACACACGCAGUAAUCGAUCAUCGGGGUGCGUUGGGUAACUUUUUUAACUCCAUUGGCAAAGUAUUGACAGUAUGUUUAAGAACUGGGGAAACUGGUUAGGACGAGAAGGGGGAAAUGGCCGAGGUAAACAAGAAGGCGAGACUGUUGUUGAAGCCAGUGAAGACAACAGCAGUCCCGAGAUGGACGGAACCAAGGACAAACACGCGGAUCCUCAUCCACUUCUACAGAAAGCCAAGGGCUUCAGUGGUUACAUCUACAACUUUGCCAGCAGUGCCUCUAAGAAUCUGUCCGAGUCCGUGGUUGAAACAGCACAAACUUUGAAGAAAAGUGUCGAGGAGGGCAACAUAAAUGGAAUUAUUGAUAAGACCCUUUUGGGUGAUUUCCAGAAAGAACAAGAAAAGUUUGUUCAGGAGAAAAAAGCAAAAAAGUUUGGUGCUGCUGUGCCACCAUGGGUUGGUUUUAAUGAAGAGGAGACUGUACAGCAACAGAUUUUAUCUCUCUCCGCUGACAAAAGAAAUUUCUUGCGAGACCCUCCUGCUGGGGUGCAGUUUCAAUUUGACUUUGAGCACAUGUAUCCAGUCGCCAUGGUGAUGCUGGAGGAAGACGAGCUCCUCAGAAGGAUGCGCUUCCAUCUGGUCCCCAAACAGGUGAAAGAGGAAGCCUUCUGGAAGAAUUACUUUUACCGCGUGUCCUUGAUAAAACAGUCGGCUCAGCUCGCAGCUCUAGCAGCACAACAGGCGGCGGAACGGAGAGAUGUGGAGAAAAGUGGCUGCAGUCCCGUGGAUACUCUUCAAAAUGGUGAAGAGGAGAUCUCCACCAGCCAACCUGUGUCUGAAUUUGUUAGUGAUGCUUUUGACUCAUGCAACAUAAAUAAGGACGACUUGCGCAAAGAGAUGGAACAGCUGGUUCUGGACAAACAGGAGCUUCCAAGCACACUGCAGGAUGAGACCCCAGACUGGGAAAGAGAGAUACAGGAGGAACUUAAGGAGUACAACGUGUUGGCUGAUAACCAGAACCACGACGACAACUGGGACAAAGAGAUUGAGGAUAUGCUAAAGGAGGAAAGCUAGAGCACUGGAGCUAGCUCCUCAAUCUUAACUAUCUGAAGGACAUCUUUGAGGUCAGAUAGAGCCCCUGACAACGGAGUUUAUACUCCUGGUGAAAUGAUUAAUUUUAAUGUUGGUCCUCCAAGAGAAUGAGAAAUACAACUGAAUGUUGAUAACAUUUUAGAGGACUGAAUAGUUUUAUGCGUUUAUAUUUUAUACUGUCUUCUUGGGUUAAAAAGAAGAGACUGUCCUGCACCUCAUAUUUAUAAUGUACGCCUCCACGGUAAAUACAACACUACAGUAGCAACAGUGAAGAAGCCGACUCUGUAACAUAAGUCUGAAUAGUUUUUGUCUCGCUUUAAAGGUCUGGUUAGUAUUUUGUUAAUGAAACUCUUUUGAUCGUAUUUUUUAAAAUCUUCUUCACAACCCGUGAAUAUGUGAACGCGUCCAGGUAACGCAGGAAUAAAUGCAGAAGCCAAUAUGAUAUGACUGUUUGUAUUAGUUUCAUACUUGUGAAUGUCCUUGGGUGACUGGACAUGCUGUCUAUAUUUGUUGAGAUCAAAUGCAUUGUCUCCACAUGCACACAUAUAAAUGUAGAUGCUGAUAUAAUGUACUCUGGAAACUUUCAAGUCCAAACAAGCUUUGUUUUCUUCCUUCUGUUGUUCUUCAGAAUUUACUCUUGAAAACUGAUCCAAACUCCUCUGUCUGUUUACACCGAUGAAAACGGUUCCAGAUUUAUUUACCAUUAACUUAAUUGACUGUUAUUUUUUAAAUUUGUGAUUGUACACAGAAUGUGUUCUAACACAUAAAGCAUAUUAAACCAAA